UGCGUCAAGCGAGCUCCUCCACAGAGUGGCUCUCAUACAUCCCCCCCUUCACUUGAAUUGCUGAUGGAACAAUCCUCAUUGCAGGGUGUGGAUCCAGUGCUGGCCAGAGAGGCUAGACAACAAGGAGUAAUAACGGGCGAGCAGCGAGUAUGAAAUGAGACUGGCUAAAAAAGAAAACUACUUUACUGUGGGAAACAUUAACCGAGCUGAAAAUACAAGGAGACGCUUUUAAACAAAAUGAACGUCACGGCUGCGGGUUGAAAUCGAACAGCGACAGAUACGGAGGCAGAUGCAUAUGUGAAAGUGUACGCGGAAACCCCACUAAACUGAACGGAAUUGCGAUUGCGGUGACAGCUGUGGACGCAAGUAAUGUCAGAUUGUUUUAGCGGUUGAAGUCUUGCACGAAGACACUUGGUGGCUGACUGAAUCCGGUUUGUACAAACGGCAGAAAGUUGAACGUCGUCUAUCGCGGAAAAAACGGUCCCUGUUGUUUGAGUGGACUUGACAGCGCGCGGAUGGACGACAGCGUGAUCACCGACAGUUAUAAUCCCAACUUUUGAAUUGUCACUGCUUGAUCAGAAAAGGAGUCGUUGGUAUUUCUGGAACUUGCUUGGAUAUUUUUUUUCGUUUUGUUUUUCCAUUCGGAGUGGCAACACAUUCAUAUAACGUUAACCAAAGCCUCUUUUACCGAACUGAAGAGGCUGUGCGUGUAAAGCGCAGGCUCCUUGUUUUGUUUAUUCGUUUGACAUCUGCGCUCUAUAGUCGAAACCACGGUGUAUUUUAAAAACGUAUAGUGAAAUCGACAAGUUUUUAUCCUUCUCACAGUAGUUGUAUAUUUUGUGCCUGUAUAACUUGCACUUUAGCACUUUGACUGGUCGUCGUUGUUUGUGCAUACACGUGUUUGUUUUGAUCCUGCAAGCACACGAAACAUUUAUCAUAAGCUGUAUGUUGUUGUCACCCGUGUUUUGAGCUCCUGCCUCCCUCCUUCCCUGUUUUUGUCUUGCCAGCGAAUAAGCUUGUCUGUAGACACCUGCGGACUUUGCCAGAUUCACUUAAUGGGGAAGAGUUGCUUUGUUUUUUUUCCCACCAGGAAGUCACUGAUAGCUUUUUAAUUCUUUGCAUAUCAGGAUUAAGACAGAAUAUUAUUACUGAAAAGAAGUGGCACCGCAGCCACAGAUGCCAGACACAGCUGCCUUUUUUGACUAGUUUAAGUCGCUGCAAGAUACCUAGACAGAAUAUAAGAAACACUGGCUAUUUUUAGCGAGAGUGAUGGGGUAAAUGGUGUUGAAAAUUGAGACCCCCCACCCCCAACUUUAAGGCCACCAACACUUCCAGGUUUAGCUCUGGGUUCCUUGUCAGCUGGUGAAUUAUCUGGAUUGGAAAAUUAAAGUGGGGGGGUCCUGUCUCAGCAAAGAUCUCAGACAUAUCCCACUCGUGUGAACAAUUAUUGAUAUUUUAACAGAUGGAACCCCCUCAGUAUCACAUGACAAUGAGUCUAGAUACAGUACAAGUACAGCAAAGUUUAGUAACCAAAUAAGCUCUUCCCCAUAUAAACAGAGAAAUAUAAAUAUCUAUAUAUAUGUGUGUGUGUUGCAGAGUAUAUAUAUAGCUCUAUAAAAUAUAUGAGACAUAGUUUGAAUAUGUAUAUUUUUAUGCCCAAAGUGAGCAUUGUUGCCUGAAACCCAAUCCAUUGCCUUAGAAUCUCAUAGUAAUAAAGGGAAUAGCAAGGACAGAUAUGAAACGCUGUUUGAAAUAACUAAAUGGUGCCUUUUUCGUUCAUCAGUUUCCUCUGUCGGUCACUUCAGGAUUUCACAUGUAAUUGAAAGAUAUUUUUGUGUUCAAAGUCCUAAACUUCAUAACUUGCCUUUAUGGUUCAAACUUGAGUUUAGUUACUGUUGGAUGGUACCCUACUGGAUUAUUUACUGAAGUUAUAAGCACAUGAGGAUAAUUCGAUACUUGAUGUCAGCAACUUUUUCAAAAGUACUUUUUGGGAUUCCCAGCAAACUUUAUUAGUCAUUCUUUGGAUAUCACGGGCCAACGCAUAAGCAUUUCAGAUGGUGAUCACUUCGUCCGUGGAGGAGAAGCCGCAGCCUUCUAACAGAAUGGUCGCAAACUUGCCGACCGAAUCCUGGAUUGGCAGCCCAGAUCAGAACCGCUACUUACCCCAGUCACACCUGCUACGAAAGCCAGCAAGAAGUGGAAGCAGCUCAGGAUGCAAGCCCCCCUCCUCUACCCUCUGCCAGCCUGCCGCCUUGGGCUUCUCCCCCGCUGAGCCAACCAUGUCGAGCCAGCACAGCCACCCCUCCUUUAGUAACAUCCACUCCAUGGCCGACCAGCAGCAGGUGCUGUCAGAUAUGACCAUCCUGCAGAGGAGGAUUCCACCCAGUUUUCGAGAUCCCGCCAGCGCCCCGCUACGAAAACUCUCUGUCGAUCUCAUCAAGACAUACAAGCACAUCAAUGAGGUGUAUUACACGAAAAAGAAACGGCGAGCCCAGCAGGUUCCCCCUGAGGACUCCAGCACCAAAAAAGAGCGCAAGGUGUACAACGACGGCUACGACGACGACAACUAUGAUUAUAUUGUGAAAAACGGAGAGAAGUGGCUGGACCGCUACGAGAUAGACUCACUUAUCGGCAAGGGCUCCUUCGGACAGGUGGUGAAAGCCUAUGACCACCACGAGCAGGAGUGGGUGGCAAUUAAGAUCAUCAAGAACAAGAAAGCCUUCCUGAACCAGGCCCAGAUUGAGCUGCGGCUUCUUGAGCUCAUGAACAAACACGACACAGAGAUGAAGUACUACAUAGUCCACUUAAAGAGGCACUUCAUGUUCCGUAACCACCUGUGCCUGGUUUUUGAGCUCCUCUCCUACAACCUGUACGACCUCCUGCGCAACACCAACUUCCGCGGCGUCUCGCUCAACCUGACGCGCAAGUUCGCUCAGCAGCUGUGCACGGCAUUGCUCUUCCUGGCCACGCCCGAGCUCAGCAUCAUCCACUGCGACCUCAAGCCCGAGAAUAUCCUCCUGUGCAACCCCAAGCGCAGUGCCAUCAAGAUUGUGGACUUUGGCAGUUCCUGUCAGCUAGGACAAAGGAUUUACCAGUACAUCCAGAGUCGGUUUUACCGGUCGCCAGAGGUGUUGCUGGGCAUGCCGUAUGACUUGGCUAUAGACAUGUGGUCGCUGGGCUGUAUCCUGGUGGAGAUGCACACGGGCGAGCCGCUCUUUAGUGGCUCCAAUGAGGUGGACCAGAUGAAUAAAAUAGUAGAAGUGCUGGGGGUCCCGCCCAACCAUAUGCUGGAUCAGGCCCCUAAAGCACGCAAGUACUUCGACAAGCUGUCCGACGGCCUCUGGACCGUCAAGAAGAACAAGGAUAUAAAGAAGGUACUUUAUCCUUCAGCCUCCGAAUAUAAACCACCUGCCACACGACGACUGCACGAGAUUCUGGGGGUGGAGACGGGAGGUCCAGGGGGGAGGCGAGCCGGAGAACAGGGCCACGCGCCCUGCGACUACCUGAAGUUCAAGGACCUGAUCCUCCGCAUGCUGGACUACGACCCCAAGACGCGCAUCACGCCCUUUUACGCGCUGCAGCACAACUUCUUCAAGAAGACGACAGACGAGGGCACCAACACCAGCAGCUCCACCUCCACCAGCCCUGCCAUGGACCACAGCCACUCCACCUCCACCACGAGCUCAGUCUCCAGCUCUGGUGGAUCAAGCGGUUCUUCCAACGAUAACCGAAAUUACCGGUACAGCAACCGGUACUACAACAGCGCAGUCACUCACACGGACUAUGAGAUGCAGAGCCCACAGGCUCCGUCUCAACAACAGUUGCGCAUCUGGCCCGGAGGGGACAGCAGCAUGGGUCAGCUGUCCAACAGCAGCAGCGAUUCAUCUUACUCGCAGCUGAUGCUGCACAAGCCGGCGGCCACGCAGCACUCGCGCCACUUCAUAGGCAACAUGGGGGGCAUGAUGGAGCCGCACCAUCCCCACCCCAUCUACGGCAGUCACCAUAGCAACGGCAGACAGCUCCGGCAACAGCAGCAGCAGAACCAGCCGCAGGGCCAGACCUCGCAGGGCCAGCAGGGCCAGGCGCUGAUGCCUGUCUCUUCCCCACAGAUGCAGGACAGCAUCGAGCUCAGCCUCACCCACCACCACCAUCUGGGUCAGUCUUCCAUCAUGCAGCCACCCCCGUCGAGCUUGGACUCCAGUCAGUACGGCUCCUCCAACCUCCACUUGGGCCUCUCUGCCUUUCGGACUAGGACAGUCAUGGCCCCCCAGCAACCCCCUUCCGCUUCCCAGCAACAGUUGCCACAGGCCCCAGCUUCCCAGGACAGCAUGGUCGCUGCCUCCGGCUUGGGAUACAUCCCUCCAUGCUAUGCCGGCAGCAACAACAAUAACAACCCGGCCCAGGGAAGCGUCGGAGUGGGGGGUAUGCUCACCGGGGGGCCCCCGCCCAGAGGAGUCGGGGGAGCUGGGGGGCGGCCGGAUUCCGAGGAAUCCGCCAUGAUGGCAGUGUGCGGUAGUGGGAGUGGGAGCGGUCAGAGUGCAGCCAACUCUUGAUAAAUCUUGAACAAAUUCCAAAAGCCAUACGAAAAUUUUAACGAAACAACACGACAGUGACAAAAACGCCACACACACACGACACAAAGUAGUCAGACAUCAAACACACACACAGCCACACGCAACAGAACCGCAGAGAAAAACUUGUGAAAUAUCGUUUUCGUUUUGGUUUUGCAUGGGGAGACGGUAGAGGGAGGGCACGAAUGGAAUGAUUUUAAACUAUUUUUAUCCUUAUUUUUUUGUUCUUGUUCAUUUGUUUUUCUUUAAUUGAAGGAGAAGCGCAGCAGGGAAAGUCGUUUUAACAGAAGGUUUCAGAAAGUUGGUUUUUACCGUUGUUAUAUUGUUAUUUAAUUUGAUGUGCUUUGAGGUCAGGUUUGCAGCGAGAGAUUUUUAUUCGUUUUGUUUUUGUGAGGGAGAGCUUUAGAUUUUUCGAAAAAUUGAAUGUGUUCAUCAAGAUGACAGCAGCAAGAGAGAGUUCCCUUCAUUUUGUCUUGCCGUAAUUGUACAUUUUUAAUUUAUUAAGAAUCACUACAUGCAGGAACGAAAUGGGAGAGGGCUGGAAAGCGGUCUUAACCGAGAGGUGGGGUUAUUUAUUCUAUGUUUUAUUUAUACCGUUGUUUUAUUUUACUGUUUGAGGGACGGAUGACAUUUAUGCAUAGACAACAACAAGCAAACAAAACUGGGUUUGAGUUUUUCCUUUUUCGUUUGUUUUUGCUUCAUUUCGUUUGCUUCUCGAGUAUCUCUCACUCACCCACGUGCAGCAGACAUAUACACACACAGAAACACAUACACAGACACAUUUUUGUUACUUUUUUUUACGUUUCCAAUCUCUAUUUCGCUUGACACACUGGCUUAUAUAUCUCAAACUAUGAAACAAGUCCUAAGAACGAAAUAAAGCAAAUGACAGAAACUCUUUUUAGUCACCACACAGUGAGAAAAACCAACUAACAACUAGAGGAGGAGGCUGAACUGUGAGCCGCUUUCACGAGGAGAGGGGGAACGUAACUCAACUUAACAUACAGGAGGAAAUGAUACAGGAAAGUCUUGAAAAACAUCAAAACAUUUUGCCAGAAGGAAAACCAAAAUGCUUCCCUGUUGUUCGUUUCAAAAAAUAGUCUGCCUUCUCGCCAUCUCACUAGACUCUCUCACCUCUCACUCUUUUGGUUUCGUCUCUAUCUCUUGCUUUUCUAACCCCCUUUGUUUUGGACAGAAAACUAUUAAAGCGUUAACACACGUUUGUAUUAACUCUGGAUAUGCUAAGCCAAAUCUUGCUGUAGCUCUCUCUCUCUCUCUCACUUUGUUUUCUUUCUCGCGCCAUAUUUCUGUUGGAAGAAAGAGUCUGGGGCGAGAUUUAGCAGGAGGGUGGAACACUUCACUCUGAAGGGACAUUUUCGUGUCCUCCUGACUGCAGCCCCUCCCACUCUGACUUCGCAUCCUGCCUCUCAUUUUCUUUUCUCUCCUGUCUUUAAACCCCUCCCACCACCACCUUCCUCCUUCACAACACUCUGUGAGUGCUGUUUGCCAUCAAGUCAAAAAAAGUGAACUACUCUCGGCUGCUAUCUCCACUCUCAACCAUGUUCGGAUUGCUGCUAAAGAAAACAGACAGAUAAAUAAAUAAAUGAAUAAAUAAAUAAAUAAAAAUGAAAACUUUUUAACCCUCCUGCUUCAGAAAAAUGAAAAAUAAACCACUGCAUCUCAUGUAUUUAUUACUAUUUAACAAGGAAAAAAUGAGAAAAAAAGAAUCUGUUUUCUGCUGUUUUUUGUUUGCUUUCUUUCUUGGUACAGGUUAAAGCUUGACAUUUAUAUUAUGUAACGGAAACAUGGUAUUAAACAAGUGCCUCGAUUUAUUGGUCAGCCACUGGACAGAAAUGAACAGAAGACAAUUCUAGGAGUUUGAACAAGGUUUAUUAAAUGUAUAGCGAGAGAAAAUUCAAGCCUCAUGCAACUGUGUAGAAAUCCACUACAAUUCAGAAUCAUGUUAAACCUUCAUAUUGGAAGUAGGCUUCGGUAUGACUGACCAAUACCAUUAUAUUUAAUUAACUGCUGACAUCUUCAUUCAUUGUAAUCUGUGUACAUAGCAUUCAUGCAUCAUCCAGAUAAAGUUAAAGCAAUGUUAGGGUGAAAUGUCAUUUUCAAGGUUAAUUCUAAUGACUGGGAUUUGAACCUGCCACCUUUAAGGCCGCAGGACCUGCAAACUACCUUAUUCUGCUCAGAUCAGUGAUGAUGACUGCUGUCCUUUAUGUUCUUAAUAACCGGUCGAAACUUGUAACUGGCCGCACUGGCUUCUUUACUUUGUCAUUUUUUUCAACAUCAUCCUUCAUGAGAACAUAAUGUCUGAAGUAUUAUGAUAUCAUCAGUUUUGGUUUCUCUAUUAAAGGGAGAGUUGCCUCUGUAGGUCCUCUAAUCUUGUUAUGUCUAGACGACGUUGGUCACGGUAUCGAUUUGUUGCACUCACAAUGCACUGUCAGAAAACGUGUCUGAGCACUGAUAAACUUUGAAAACGCAGAUGUUUCCGAGCUG